GUAAAAUCAAAUGUUAUUUCUAACAUAAUGAGUAUCUAACUAAGGCCUUGCCUUGUUAUAUAAUGGGCCGAAAUUUCCUAACAAAUUCCGAUGUCUCAAUAACUGGACUUAUUCCACUCUAUAGUAUAUUUUCCCUCGCUCUACUUGCCUUUCUUAGUAGUGCGCGCAAGGAUCGUACAACAAACAUAUACAACGUAAAGAAAGCAACGCCAAACAACCUGCUCAAAUGCAUCGAGGAACAGAACCAGCCGCAGGGAGCACGGCUACUAUCGCCAAAGUGUGGUGAAGAAUCGACAUGCCUCGUGAGGUCAUACCAUAUCGAGUCGCAUUGAGGUAUCCUAGCUUCGUAUCGCCGUGGGAGUAAUCGAUUGAGGUCAAGGCUCCUCAGUGAGUUCGUUUAACCUAUCGCUUGGCCUCACA